AGGGAGUUCUACUGAGAGAGGGUAUAAGAACAAGACAGGUCUCACCCAGGCAUAUACGGAUAAGGGCAAAUUUUCCAAUAUAUAAUCAUAUUUUCAUUUUUCUUUUUCUUUUCUUUUUUUUUGAGUAAAAUACCUUUGGGAAUUUUCUAUAUAAACCCCUUCAGUUUUCUUUGUUUUGAACAUCUUUCACCUCCUCUUCAAAACUCAUUUGCCAUCUUGUGAAGAAGAAACAUUUUCUCUUCCAUUUAUGUUCUUUCUCUAGAAUAUUUUAGUUCUUGAAUCAAAAUUUGCUCUCUUCAAUGGAUAUUCUGCAUUUCAUCAUUGGAGUGUUUGGAAAUGCCUUUGCUCUGUUCCUCUUCUUGGCACCAACGAUAACAUUUAAGAGAAUCAUAAAGAACAAGUCCACUGAGCAAUUCUCAGGCAUUCCUUAUGUUAUGACUUUGCUCAACUGCCUUCUCUCAGCUUGGUAUGGUCUUCCAUUUGUGUCCCCAAACAACAUAUUGGUAUCAACAAUCAACGGUACAGGAGCAGUGAUCGAGACGAUAUACGUUGUGGUGUUCAUCAUAUUUGCUCCAAAGAAAGAAAAGGUCAAAAUUCUUGGUCUCUUUGCCUUAGUUCUCACAAUCUUUGCAACUGUGGUUUUGGUAUCACUUUUGGCUUUGAAUCACAAGCCUAGAAAGCUCUUCUGUGGCCUUGCUGCCACCAUCUUUUCCAUCAUCAUGUAUGCUUCUCCUCUUUCAAUCAUGAGAACUGUGGUAAAAACCAAAAGUGUUGAAUUCAUGCCCUUUUUCUUAUCUCUCUUUGUGUUCUUGUGUGGCACUUCAUGGUUCAUUUUUGGCUUAUUGGGCCGUGACCCUUUUGUCGCAGUGCCAAAUGGUUUUGGGUGUGGUCUUGGAACAGCACAGCUGAUAUUAUACUUCAUUUACCGAAACAAGAGUGGCGAGCCUAACAAGAAGCCCAGCCUAGAAGAAUCUGUAGAAAUGGGCCUAUCAAAGCCCAACAAUAACCAUAUUCCCAAUAAGCAGUCAAAUCCUAAUGGGGCCUAAACUGGGCCACCACAUUAGGACAGGUGUUAGAAUAUAAUUGGUUCGGCCCGGCCCAUGCUAUGCUACCCUUUCCCUUACCAUUAGAUUACAACGAGUGUUUUUGUUUACUUCUUCAUUUUGAAAUUGUCUUUUGAAGAAUCAAGUGAAAACAAUGCAAAGCUCAUAAAGUUUUCUUUUGGGUAUUUUUGAGUGUUUUUUUUCUUUCUUUUAAAUUGAGGUAUUACAAUUUAAAGUGUUUUUAAUGAGAGCAUUUUAAAUUGUGAAGAAGAAAAAAUAUAUAUAAAUAUAAAUAUAUAUUUCAUUUUCAA